AAAACAAUUAUCGUGAAACGACAUUAUUCAUCGGUAUCUUCAUCGUCAUCACACAUAAUUUUCAUGGCAAUGUGACCCCGAAUGAUAAUGAUCGAUUCACGUGGGGUGUGGAUGUAACAAAAAAAGCAUCUGCUUGUUUUCCCACACCCAAGGGCAUAAAAACGAUGGUGUUUGCCUGCGUUAGCACCCAUUCUCUUGCGCUAACAUCGAGCCUGACUCGAGAUAGAUGAUGGACAGCGCCAGAGUCUCUCCACUCUUGCCCUGCCUUCUCCUCGGCCUGGCGCUGACGCUGCCCCGCUCGCCGGUCCACUCGGAGUCCCCGUGGAAUGGGGACCGCCAGGGCAGCAGCACGCGCUACGACUUUGCAGUGCACGUGCCUGCAGGCAAGCAGGAGUGCUACUUCGUCCCGUCGAGUCCUGGUGGAGAUUUCUUCUUUACCUUUGAGGUGCAGUGGACAUUGGGCUUCCAGCAGGAGAACGCUGUCAGGGCGUUUGUGCGUAGCCCGUCGGGACGUCUCGAGGCGAACCUGGACGAGAGACAGCGUGGAACCAUCGAGUUCCAAGUCACGACCGAGGGUACGAACAGCGUGCAGGAGAUCUCCACGUGCGGGAGCAAGUCGGUGCUUGUUGGGCAGCUCCGCGUGUCUGUGCGGAUGUCAUUUGGAAUCCAACAGAAAUUGCGUUUGUCGGCCGCAUGCCAAACAUUCCCAAGACCUUUCGCACAACGAAGUGUGUGCCACGAUUUUGCUUUCGGUGAAUAACCUUGGUGAGCUCCAAAGAGCACCUCGGUUUUGAGGAUAUUUGGCCUCCCCCUUCACGCUCACCAGACGGCUUGGUAGAGGUGAGUGUGCUCACACUUUACCCCAUCGUACAGAACCCAAUCACGGACAGCGGCAGAUGGGGAGAGAGGACAUUUAAGAAACGUGCCCGUUGUUUAAAGCCUCUGUGCCGGGAGAUCGAGCCAGGAACCUCUGUUUUGCAAGUCCAAUGUUAGGAACCAUGACAGAAUCAGUAUUUAUACUGGAGGAAUCCGAUGAGCUACAAAGCUCUUUUUCACAGAUGUCCCGUAGUAUCACAAUUUCUCACGGCUG